CCAAAAAAAAUCGAAAUUACCUUCAUUUCCCGGCAUAAAUCAUAAAGAAGAAGUUAGUCUCCUAGAAACUAAACUCAUGGCCAGUAAUCGCGAAUGGCAAAAAGGUUUUAUAGCUGCUAUCCAAGAAGGUGAUUUGAAUAGUGUCCAAGAAGCAUGUCAGGGAGAUGUUACAGGAGCAUUGAAUACGCUUGGAUUCCGUGCAUUGCAUUUUUUGGCGGAGGGGAAAAAAUUUAGUCCAGAGGUAUUUGAGUGGCUUUGCGACAAGGGCUGUGAUAUCAAUGCAAGCACUAAAAAGGGUAAAACAUCCUUGCAUUUAGCAGCAGAGUCUGGGAAUACAGAAAUGGUGAUGCAAUUAUUGCAAAAAUGUGCUGAUGUGAAUAAAACUGAUGAGUAUGGUAACAAUGCCUUGCAUUUUGCUGCAAAGAGUGGUGAAGCAAAAGUUCUAUGCGAACUCUUAAUCAAAUGUCAUCAUCAAGUCAAUACAACAAAUGAGGAUAGUGAAACACCUAUGUUUUGGGCUGUCAAGUCCCUGAAUAAAGAAAGUGUCAGGAUAUUAAGAAGUUAUGAUGCAAAUGCAGAUAAAAAAUCUCUGUUGAAAGCAAAAACUGAAAACAGGCAGGAUAUCACGGAGAUCCUUAAGUCCCCACCACCCCCUCGGCAGACAAUUCAGUCUCUGUUGAAAGCAAAAACUGAAAACAGGCAGGAUAUCACGGAGAUCCUUGAGUCCCCACCACCUCCUCAGCAGACAAUUCAGAAUCCAGUUUAUCAAGGACCUGUGGCCAUUGACCCAGCAAUAGCCCCUGGUACAGUCAUCUACAUUACUGUGACGGGCAAUGCUACAGCAGCUAUCGGAGCUAACGCCAGUGUCAGCAUGUCAUCGUCUGAAGAUAGAACAAGCAGAGAUGAGAAAGACACUGCAGCUGUCGAUGACACUGUUUCUCGUCGACCUUUACCCUCAGCACCGCCAGAACCUAGGUCACGGCAAGUCCAAGAGUAACCCACUGGCAUGCCUGCGCUGGAAGGUCCUCCUUCGAACACCCAUUGGCUGAGAACCUAUUUAAACGAAACUAGAUCUUGCACGCAGGGUUGACUGGGAUACCUGAGAUCUUGCCCUCAAUGUGCUAUCACAUCAGGGUUAAAUUUAUUUUAACACCCAAAGUGAGUCCUAUUGUAUUAACAAUGUAAUUUUAUUGAAAUGUAAGUAACAAGUAAACAACAACAUUUAUUUAUUUAGAAUAUCCAAAUGGCUGGUUACUAAUGUUUUGUUGGUUGAUCUUUAUAAGUACAGGGGAGUAUUUCUAGAGUGCCUUUUUACUAGAGAUUUUAUAAUAAUUUCUGUCAAACCCCCAGAAAUAAGGUAGAGACAUCCCUUUUUGGGAACUUAUGCACUAGUCAUUUGAAACCCCCCACCCCCAUGGGGUUAACGUGGGGGUUUAGAACACUUUUGAACAAGAAGCUGUCCCGAGGGGGUGGGGCAAUUGACAGUUUUUUAAUUUGUCCCCACCCUGGGGGUUUGGGAAAAGUGAAUAGUGUCACAAAUGUCAUGUAAGUUUCUGGCUUGAACUUUUUUAUCUUUUGUAGCAAGCAAUUCCAUGUAUCAGCGUGUGGCCAGCUGCACGGCGAAAUGUGCAAAAACGCUUAUGAAUGAUAACUAAUGCGAGAUGAACAUGAUUUAUUUUUUCCAUCUUUUAGGUAACUGUUAUUUUCAUAGUUAUUGGUACAAAUGUACUCGCUGAAGUGUACUGGCUUUGAAAGAUAAAGGCUUAUUUUAGAUGACUUGUUGUCGGAUAGUUGCCCAUAGCAUCCUGAGGGGUAGGGGCAUUUGACUCGAGGGGUGGGGGCUUUUCUCUGUUUUGUACAGGGUCGAAGUCUAAUCCCCCCACCCUUCCAAAGGACCGUGGGGGUUUCAAUGACAAAGAUUAUAUUAUGUAAAACCAUAUAAGCAUAAAUCAAACAGAAAGGACGAAAUUAUUAUUUUUGAAGUUCCUUUUUGAGAGAAGCAACCAUCAUUUUCCUGGUUCUAAAAGAAGUGUUUAGGCUGCACAGAUAAAAUAUGGAGAUGUGACUUAGAGUAAUCAAUCCAAAUAACCAGUUAUUCGUGUUGGCAGAGUCGUGUUCUAUUUCUUUGUGAACCUGACUCACAGAGUAAUGUCAGUCUUAUUGGGAUCAAGACAUACUUCGGUUGAGUCACUUAUUGAACUUCGUACAGCGUACAGGAGUUCUGGAAUCUUGUCGAAUUGUGGUUCGAAUUUCAUACGGCGAUUUGCUGUUUUCCGAAGUUGCCAGUGAAGUUUGCUUAAAUAAAUCAGUUGAUAGAUAUAUAAGUUGCCUUCACGCUCAAAUUUGGCAAUCUGUCGGCCAAAUUAGAUUCGGUAAAUACUCUAGUGUCGGUCUACCUGUGGAAAUGGGCCAGCCUCCGCCAGGGUCUUCGUCAGCUAGACGCCAUAUUGAAAAUUACCCAGAAGACCCUGGGGACGACGUUGUUGCAUUUUAUGACUGGGCUACCACAGGUAUCCCAGUAACUAAACGUUUUUCGGGGUGCCAGUGAAGGUCUCUCGAUUGGGCUUGCCGUCAUAAGAGAGCAUACAAAAGGGAUGCGGUACGAUACCCCACUUUAUCUUAAAAUUUACUUGUGUAAAGUAGCUAUUGUAACAGCGAUCAAGUAAACCCGGUCCUGUCCCCACAUCUCGUCUCUGUCGUUGUUACAGAAAGCUCAAUAAUAUACAUUUGUACCACAUUGCAAUGAACAAAUAAGAAACAUAAAAGUUACAUAAUAUUUUAUCAGUGAACCUUGAUAGAGACAAAGUUCGGACCCUUUAAUUAGGCCUCUUUUAGGCAAGCUAAAAUUUUUAUAGAAAACGUAUGAUACUUUUUCGCAUUUAUUUUGCCCCAGAAACUGUCCUUAAAAACGAGAUGUCCUUAUUGAACAGGUUUCUUUAAAGAGGUUUUACUGUGUAGUAUUCCAUUUUUUGCACGAUGAAACGCUUUUUCUGCUCUUGGGCGGAGUUUACUACAUGCGAUUUUCCAGGAGAGAUAUGCUUGUUUGGCAUAUUAAACCAUAAAAGCAGAUUUUGGCAGACGCUUUAUUACGUAGUCUUCUUUACAGCCGCUCGUAGUGGGAACUUUGGGUGACUCCGACACGAGCGGCUACGAAGACUAUUUAUUACGCGCAUCGGAGAUUAAAGAAGGCAUAUUACAACCAAA